AUUGCUUUAGCUUUCCAAUGGAGGAUGGUCGGUUGAAUUCCAGCAUCUUCUUCUUUUUUCUAAGCUGGAUACCUCUGCAAAUAAAAACCAAAGCUUUGCCCUUCCAUAAAGAAACCCAACAUUCCACAGCUACCUAGGCUUGCAGUUCAUCAAUUGUGUCUCCAAAUUUCAAGCCUUCCUAGAAGCUCAACCACAUAAAAGGGUUCACUGCUAAUGCCUUCAUCGAGCUCAUCGACGGUGACACCAUGGCUUAGGCUAAAGGAUCCGAGGAUUGUGCGUGUGUCGCGAGCAUUCGGGGGCAAGGAUCGACACAGCAAAGUUUAUACCAUAAGAGGGCUGCGCGACAGGCGUAUUAGGCUUUCGAUAUCGACCGCGAUUCAGCUUUACGAUCUUCAAGAUCGCCUCGGUCUUAACCAGCCGAGCAAGGUGGUGGACUGGUUGCUCAACGCCGCCAAGGAUGAAAUUGACGAGCUCCCUCCAUUGCCUAUCCCUUCCGUGAGCCUCGGCCUUGACUACCAAUCCAUGCUACUACCUCAUGCCCAGACACGCCCUCAUAGGUCGGAGUUCAAAAUCGGUAAGGAAGCCGAGGACGGUGUCGCGGCCACCGACGAACAAAAUGAGCUCAAACCCAAUUCUAAUCCCUCUCAAGCUUCUUCAUUCUCAAUGCUUUUGAACAAUGUGGGUGCCAUUCCAUUUGGGUAUCAUCAUUGGGAGGCAUCAACACCAACACCAUCAAAUCUUCCAUUCUUUACAUCUCAAGGUGAGGAUCUUCAUAACUUCAUUUUGAACCAUUAAUUUUCACUUUGCCUCACAAAUUCGUUUCUCAAGAGAAGAAUAAUAACAAUGGAGAUCGAGUUCAUAGCAAGAACAACAAUGGAAAAGCUAUUCUACUA